AUGGCAAAUAAGCUAAGGUUGGAGGGUAAAGUGGCUGUAAUUACUGGUGCAGCAAGUGGCAUUGGAGAAGCAACUGCAAGAUUGUUUGUGGAACAUGGGGCUCGAGUGGUAAUUGCCGACAUUCAAGACGAACUUGGUCUCCAAGUAGUGGCGUCCAUUGGAACAGACAAGGCUAGCUACCGUCACUGCGACGUCACUGACGAGAAACAAGUCGAGGAAACCGUCGCCUACGCUGUUGAAAAAUACGGCACUCUCGACAUCAUGUUUAGCAAUGUCGGAACACUGAACUUCUGCAGCGUUCUCGACAUGGAUAUGACGGCCUUUGACAAAACAAUGGCCGUCAACGUGCGAGGAUCGGCAUUAGCCGUCAAGCAUGCAGCUAGAGUCAUGGUUGCUAAGCAAGUUAGAGGCUCAAUCAUAUGCAACGCGAGCAUUGAGGCUAUUCUUGCUGGAGCAGCCUCACUGGCCUACAUAGCAUCCAAGCAUGCAGUCGUAGGCAUUGUGAAAGCGGCGGCGCGCGAGCUAGGGCUGCACGGAAUCAGGGUAAACGGCGUGUCGCCGUAUGGCAUUGCAACGCCACUCGUAUGCAAAGCCUACGGCUGCGAUGCCGCUUCGUUGGAAGCAGGAAUAUCUGGAAAUGCUCACUUGAAAGGUGUUACGUUGAGCACGGAGCAUAUCGCACAAGCAGCACUUUUCUUGGCGUCAGAUGAAUCAGCUUACAUUAGCGGUCAUAAUUUGGCUGUUGAUGGCGGCCUCAGUUCUAUGUUGAAGCUGAAUUACUAA